CCCUAUCUUCUUUUUUUCUUCUUUUUUCUUCCUUCGCUUCCCCCUUAGCGAAAGAAGCAUUCAAUUGGGCCUAUUUCGGCUGUUUUCUUGCCAACGACGAGGCAGAUUGACUUCCUAGAUUACCUUUUGUAGUGGAAUAUGCCCUUGUAGUGGACAUACCCAGGAGUCGAGGACUGACCAUCUAACCAUGCCUGCACGGAUUGACUCGCGAUAGAUGACGACACCAUGAUUGCGAAUGAACCUAAAUCAUUGGGCUGCAUAUAUAAGUCGUUCGGGCUCUGGAAGAAGAAUCAUGCUAUUAAGGAAAUGAAACAACAUGGCACCUUUCAGCCUCCUCGUGUUCCUCAAAGUCAGACAAAGCCGGGUCUCGAGACAAACAUGCAACCAGCUAGUGAGUCGACAAAGCUUGAGGAUGCUGAUGGCUUCUUUGAAUAUGUCGGGAGUGGUAAAUUGAAAGACAAGAGUGUGCUAAUCACUGGCGGAGACUCCGGAAUUGGUCGAGCUGUAGCAGUUCUUAUGGCCAGAGAAGGUGCCGAUGUGACAAUUGCACAUCUGCCCGAGGAGCAAGAAGACGCCGAAGACACCAAGAAAAUGGUGGAAGCUGAAAAGAGGUCUUGCUUUUUGUUUGCGGGGGAUCUGACAGAUCAUGAGAAUUGCCGUCGGGUAGUUGACGAGCAUUAUCGAAGUUACGGGAGUCUCAACAUCCUCGUGAACAACGCAUCUAAACAGUACAUGUGCAAGACUUUAACUGAUAUUGAUCUAAAUACCGUUGAGAGCGUUUUUCGAAGCAAUAUCCUGCAGAUGUUUGCAGUUACCAAGUAUGCACUUACGUACAUGAAGCAGGGAGACACCAUCAUAAACACAACAUCUGUCGUCACUUUCCGUGGUUCUGCUAGUAUGGUAGAUUAUGCAGCCACCAAAGGAGCCAUUGUAGGGUUUACACGCUCCCUGGCAACUCAAUUGAUCCCUAAAGGCAUUAGGGUCAAUGCGGUUGCACCUGGCGCCAUAUAUACCCCAAUUCAACCCGAUACACGGCCGGCAAAGCAAAUGGAAGGUUGGCAUUCGAAGAGCCCACUCGGACGUCCGGGUCAGCCCAGUGAGGUAGCCCCUACCUUUGUGUUUCUGGCUAGUCCUGAAGCUUCGCUAUACUGUGAGUUAUCUGCCAUUUCGUGCUAUGUAUUCAGCUGACACUCGAUCACAGAUGGUCAGAUCUUGCAUUGUUAUCCUCUUGGCGACUGAGUGUGGUUUGAUUCCCCCUACUCUUCGUGACGCUGCCGGCAUAUCUUUCGCAAAAUCGCCGUAGGAU